CUUUUAGGCAGGAAGUUUAGCGCGGGAAAUUCCAUGCGUCGCUAUUGAGAUGUCUAUGAUCAUUGAUCAGUAAACAGUUUUACGAAUGAACAGAAUUAUACUCUGCGUAGAAUACUGGUCCACGGUUUUAGGUGGUAGACUCGGUCCACCCAAUUUUGAAUCAUCCGCGUACGCAACCGAAAAAAUGAGAGCAAAAGCGAACGGGCUACGACUCGACGUCGCGAGUCUUCCAUGCGAUCCCACCACCGCUGCUCCAUAGCCAUUUCCAUCCACACCCAAAAGCUCCGCGAAGGUGCUUCUCCCACCAAGCACACGUACCCCCUUCUCCUAAAAGCAGUUUCCAACUCCGGCGCGCGGAGCCCAACUCAAAUCCACGCCCAAAUCCUCAAAUUCGGGUUCGACUCCGACUCCUUCGUCCACAACUCCCUGGUCUCGGCUUACGCCAAAAGCCGCGACUUGCGCUCCGCGCAGAAGCUGUUCGACCGAUGUUCCAGGAGAGAUUACAUUACUUGGGACGCGAUGAUUCACGGGUACGUGGAGAACAACCGAGCAAUGGAGGGUUUGACCCUUUUCAAACUGAUGAGGUCAACCGGCGUUGACAUUGAUGGGGUGACCGUUGUGAGCGUUCUCAAGGGGAGUGGAGUGGUCGGGGACGUGUGGUUUGGGAAAUGCGUUCAUGGGUUUUACGUAGCUUGUGGGAGGGUGAGGAGGGAUUCGUUUGUAGGUACUGCUCUUGUUGAUAUGUAUGCGAAAUGCGGAGAAAUUGACGAGGCUAAGAAGGUGUUUGACGAAAUGCCUUACAGAGGUAUCGUCUCUUGGGGCGCGUUGAUCGCGGGGUAUGAGCGGUGCGGGCUGUUCAAGGAAGCUCUUUUUGUGUCACAGGCCAUGCUCGCCGAAGGGGUGAAGCCAAAUCAGGUUACACUCACUAGCGCUCUCACAGCUUGCACGCAACUUGGGGCGUUGGAUCAAGGGAAGUGGAUACAUGCGUAUGUCGAGAGGAACAGAUUGGAGUUGAAUUCGUUUGUCGGGACAGCUUUGAUUGACUUGUACGCGAAAUGCGGGUGCGUUGAUGAUGCUUUUGCCGUGUUUGAGAAAUUGCCUCGAAAGGACGUGUACCCAUGGACCGCUUUGAUCAACGGGUUGGCGAUGAAUGGACGUGGAUUGGAGUGCUUGGAUCUCUUCGAUCGGAUGUUGAAGGAAAGGAUAGCACCGAACGAGGUAACGCUCAUAGCUCUUCUUAGUGCGUGUGCUCACAGUGGAUUAGUGGACCAAGGGCGAGUUUUCUUCGAAAACAUGUUCAAGGAUUACGGGGUAAAACCAAAGUUGGAGCAUUACGGUUGCAUGAUCGACAUGUUAGGGCGAGCGGGGCGGCUAGAGGAGGCGUUGUGUGUGAUAAAAAGCAUGCCCAUGGAGCCAAGCAGUGCUCUUUGGGGAGCUUUGCUAGGUGCUUGCUUAGUGCACAAGGAUUAUGAGUUGGGCGAGAGAAUAGGGAAGCAUCUUAUUGAUAUGGAGCCAUAUGAUAGUGGUAAAUAUGCUAUGGUAGCUAACAUGCACGCUCUCUCUAGGAAGUGGGAGGAAGCUGCUAAUGUUAGGAAGAGUAUGAAGGGGAGAAAGGUAGAGAAGAGUAGUGGGUGCAGCUGGAUAGAAGUGGGUGGUGUUGUGCAUGAGUUUAUUGCAUUGGAUGGGUCACAUUCCCAAUCUAAGGAUGUUUAUGAAGUGUUAGAUGGAUUGAUAGGGAUUAUGAAGAUGGAGGGUUUUGAGCCGAGUAGUUCUCUCUGGUUAGUUGCAGUGGAUGUAAUUUGAAAUUGGGAGCAUUCGCAUGAAUAUUCUGUAAAAGAAUGUGUUUAUUCCUCUUUCAAGUUGAUAUUUGUGAGUACACUAAA